AUGCCAAAUAUAUGCAUCUUGGGUCAGUCAGAGAGAUUGUGGAAUUUUGAAAUAAUUACUGCUUCUGUGACGUCCUCCGAUGAAAGCAAAGUGAAUGGGUCCAUACAUGUCAAUCGGAUCUCAUUUAGUGAAACGGUCGUUUCGGCAAACGUUUAUUGGAACUGCGACGCCGAUGACGAUUCCACGGCGAAUUUCGUUCUGUUGUAUAUUCGCAAUGGCCUGAAUACGUCCAUACAAGUCAAUCGGAUCUCAUUCAGUGAAUCAGUCGCUUCGGCACGUGUCAAUUGGAAUUGUGAUACCGAUGAAAAGAGCACAGCGAAAAUGCUUCUAUGGCAUUGUCGAAAUGGCCGUGAGAGCGACUAUACUCUGACUCCCUACCAAAUACCAAAUCAAAGCUUAAAGACUUUUGUGGAUACCUAUUACCAUGACAUGCUCUACUUGAAUGUGGCAAACUGCUCAAAUUUGCCGCCAUAUGUGGAUCUAUCAGAUUUAAAGAAAGAGUAUAUACAUAUUUGAUAAUUGUCCUUUGACUGGCGACGGUUUUCCUUAUUAUCUACCCAUGGGAUAUUACAAAUUUUACCUGGAGAUUAAAGUCGAAGUAACGUUGAC